CUCUGCCCGGCCCCGGCGCGGCGCGGAGAGGAGCGGAGCGGAGCGGCCAUGGCGCGCUCGCUCAACUCCAUCGUGGCCGUCAGCCAGAACAUGGGCAUCGGCAAGGACGGGCGGCUGCCCUGGCCGCCGCUCAGGAAUGAGUACAAGUACUUCCAGAGAAUGACGAGCACGUCCCGUGUGGAAGGUAAACAGAAUGCAGUGAUAAUGGGUAAAAAAACGUGGUUCUCCAUUCCUGAGAAGAACCGCCCUUUAAAAGACAGGAUUAAUAUUGUGCUCAGCAGGGAGCUCAAGGAAACCCCGAAAGGAGCACAUUAUCUUUCCAAAAGUCUGGAUGAUGCUCUAGCUCUUUUGGAUUCACCAGAGUUAAAAAGCAAAGUAGACAUGGUUUGGAUCGUGGGAGGCACUUCAGUGUACAAGGCAGCAAUGGAGAAGCCAAUUCAUCAUCGAUUGUUUGUGACAAGAAUCUUGAAAGAAUUUGAAAGUGACACAUUUUUUCCAGAAAUUGAUCAUAAAGACUACAAGCUUCUAACAGAGUACCCAGGUGUCCCUGCUGAUGUCCAAGAAGAGAAUGGUAUCCAGUACAAAUUUGAAGUGUAUGAAAAAACUGUUGUGGCGCAAUAAGGGAGGCAUUUUGUACUUCAGUGUAAGGGCAGGUAUUUGAAACCAUGAAGUUUUACUGAGUGUAAAGAUACAUUAAAAUUUUGAAGAAAAU